GCAGAGAAAGCAGCUGAGCUGUGCUUCCUCAGUCCAGAGCACAUUUUGGCAAUGAUGUCAGAGCCCUUCCCAGAUCAGGAGCUGUUUCUGAGAAGCAACUGCCUCAACUACACUGGCAGCACUGCCAGCAUUCCAGUGCCACCAGCACCAGCAGCCACCCUCUGCUGCUGGAGGGACAGUGAUCACUCAGGAAUUAGAAACAAGGUACGGUAGAAACCUAUCUAGAGAGGGAAGGCAGAUGGAGAAUGGUCCGUUCUGCAGGGAAGGAGGGUUUCCCAUCAGGAGGGAAAGAGGAGCCAAUCACAAAAAUCUUCAUUUAGAGCACGUGACAAAAGCCACUUCCUCUGAAGAAAGGAAAAAAAAAAAAAAAAAAACCAAAAAAAACCCCCAAAAAAACCACACCUAAGACAAAUAACUCAGAGCAACUGAAUUUCUGAAGUACGCAAAGUUGCAGUUUUUCACUCCCUCCCUCUGCCAUGUGUCCACCGAGCCUUUGGGAGCAACAUCAGGACAGGGCACAGAGAGGAGCCAGAGGAAUGGGAGCAAGGAGCUCCUGGUGAUUUGAGCAUUUUCUCCUUCAUGUCACUGACCUGGGAGGAUCUGCGUUAGGACAUGGAUCCCAAAGGAGCAAGAGGUACCAGGAAGCACCGCUGAUCUGCACAGAUCCCUUUGCCUGCUGCUGCCCCACAGGGAACAGGUCACUGCUGAGCAGCUGCGUGGUCCAUCCCUGGAUUCUCCAAGCACUGACUCCCCAUCCACUCUGACCACAGCCAGGGGCCACAUCCCACCGCCUGCCCAGCAUCCAUGGAGGUGAGCACCGUGUCCCCAUCUCCCACCUCACCGACCGACGGACCUGGUCAGUGUGAGACCAAUGUCUCCAACGUGGCCACAGACCUUGUGACGCUGCUCUUCGGCCUCUGUGGGCUGGUUGGGAACGGGGCUGUCCCUUGGCUCCUCCACAUUGAUGCCAUCACUUACUUUGUGGCCUUCAACCAGGCCAGCAUUGAUUUCCUCUUCCUCAUCAUUAUGGUCCCCUCUGCCCUGCUUUUCCUUGUGGAGGAAGUGUCCUGCUCUGCUAUAAUGCCCCUGAUGUAUCAGAGCUUGCUUUUCCAACUGUCAGUGGUCUCCUACAAUAUCGGGCAGUACCGGCUGACAUUCAUUAGCAUUGAGAGGUGCAGGUCCAUCCUCUGCCUGUUUUUCUGUGGUUGCCAACUUCCUGAGCGCCUGCUGUUGGUGGUGAUGAAAACCCUGUUCUGGGCCUUGUUCUUUGUUGUCACCGCUGUCAUUCCCACGGUGACUUCCCAGUGCCAGUCACACGAGCAGGAGCAAUGCCGGGUGGCUCUCACCUCCAUGUACGCCCUCAACCUCUUCCUAUUUGCUGCACCCAUGGUCAUUUCCAGCACAAUCCUCUUCAUUCAAUUCAAGCCCGGCUCCCAGCAGCAGCAACAGAAGAGACUCGACAUUGUUAUCUUCCUCAUUGCAUUCUUCAGUCUGCCCCUCAGUCUCUGGAAUUUCCUGCAGCAGCUCGGUUACACAGUUGUGCCCUCCAAGGCGGUUUUCCUGCUCACCUGCAUCACCAGCAGCAUCAAACCCUUCAUCUACUUCUUGGUGGGGAGCUGGAAGAGAGACUGCUCCAUGGGAAGCUGCAGGAGGCACUCCUCCAUGCAGUCCCUAAGGAAGGCGCUCCACAGGGUGUUUGGGGAGCCAAAAGGAAACACUGCCUGUGGAAAUGAUCCCACCAUGGACACAGAGGUCUGAGCCUGUUGAUUCCUCCUGCUGCACUGCUGAGGGACCCUGGGACAGUGGCUGAGGGAUUCCUUGAGUCACCUGAAUAAUAAACAUCUAAAGUGUCACCCUCCCCGUGCUGGUGCAUCCCCCACCCCCUUUCCAGGCCGCACUGGGUUCUGAUUCGUGCUUGGGAGGCCUCAGCCUUGAGGAGCAGCCCCUGGGCUCAGCUCCUCUGGCACUGAUCAGAAACACCCUCUGCUCCCAGGAACUGCUGCUGGCCAACGACCCCCUGGGCUUUUAUCAACAGCCUUGGGAAUUAUUUCACUUCCCUGAAUGCCACACCAUCCCUGCUCCCACACUUUCACAGAAAGUUGCCUGCCCAAAGUGUGGCCAGGGUGAAACAUUGCUGUGGCUGAAGCCCAUCCCUUGGGGCCCUGUAAGCAGCGGUCCAAAAGGAGACCCUUGGAGCUCUCCUGGGCCCAGCAGCGCUGACCAGAAGCUCCCUGGCAGUGGGGCCUCUCCGAGCUGGGAUCUCUCCCGUCUGCUGCCCUCGGGUGAUGCCCCAACGCCGACGGCUCCUGGGCCGAUCCCCCAGCGCUCGAGCCCCAAGCCUUGGCACAGUGAGGAGAUGCAAACGGAUCCGCAGUGAGCAUUUCACUGCCUCCCAGGGGAAUUUCUCACAGGCACCUUGCACUGACUCUUUCUCUCUGUGUGCACACACCUGUGCAUCUGCUCUGGCAAAUGUGGGGGAGAUGCUGCUCUCUCAGGUGUUCCAGUACCUGAGACAUCUGAGUGAGUCAGGCCUGGAAGCAAGGUUAAGGCAUAAAUAAGGUUAAAUGCUGCUAAGUGAUAUUCCUCUGCUGAAUUGCUAAUUUUAAUGUAUAACUGAAGUACUGUUAAGUUUGAGUGCUGUAAAGCUUUUAGGCCAUUUUCCUUUUUAUCGUUAUCCUUUUGUCACACACAGCUGAACACACCCACAAACUCACACACAGAGACAGCAUUUUGGUGUGAUGUUGCUUAUUAUUAAACCUGGGUUUUGCUGA